ACGUGGGACGCCUGCCACAGCAUGACUUGCUGAGGGGUGCCAUGUCUGUACCUGGGAUCCGAAGUGGCUAACCCCUGGCCGCCGGAGCGGAACGUGCACACUUAACUGCUGCACCACCGGCUGGCCCUAUGUCAGAUAUCUUUUAUUGAAAAGGGGUAUCUUAAUAAUUAAUGGGGUUGGGAGAAGUGGUGAGAAAAAUUUUCAGCAAAUAUCCUUCUAAGGAAAAUGAAUUAUUUUUUCUGGUGGGUCUUUUGUUUAAAUAAAUUUGGGGCUAAUGUUUUAGAAUAGAAGCAAAGCAAUGCUACCUGUGGCCCUUCUUCUCUGCUUAUCCCUGCAAAGUUCAGCCUCUCCCCUAAGUAAAAGUUGAAUGAAUAUUUAAAAUAUACUAGCUCAAAAGGUGACAAAUUAUUAGCCCAAGUAGGGCCCUUGAUGUCUGAAUCUGGCCCUGUUCCCACGUGGAGACCUAUUGCUCGCUCCCCACAGUGAAGUGUGUUCUGGCAAGUGCAUCUGCAUAGAGACAGCAGGAUGGAUUCAUAAUCUAGGGCUUUCAUUCCUUGGGAUGCCUUCCUCCCUGGGGCCCUCUGAAUACCAUUAUCAGUAGAUCCAUCUAGUAUUUAUUUGAUGCCUUUAUACUCUCGAUUCUCUCCAUGCUCCCUUUUCUCCAUGUUCCAUUUCAGAUUCUUAAUCACUCAACCUUUCCCUAGUCCUAAUAGCUGACUAUUAAGAUAGUCCAGAGCUUCAGAAGGAAACAAAUCUUACCCAAGUGAUGGGAAGUGCUAAGGCAAGAAGGGCUCUAUGCUUUACCAUUCUUAUCUGCAGCCAAACCUGAAUCUUUUUGAGGGUUAAAGAACAAGUUGAGUGAGAAAGGGUCAUAUUAAUGGAGACAGAGGGGAGUGUAUUGGUUCCCUGUAUUUGGAGUAGUUUUUCUGGGGGCUGUUAAGGAUGAGAACAUCUAGACACAAUCAAAGGCCAUUUAUAUGGGACUGUUUGAGGAGGAGCAUGAGAAGUUCAUGAGGAGCAGGUGAUGAAUACAGCCCCUCUCCAUUUUAUUGGCUGCCCCCCUCCUCGCUGCCUUUAGGGAGAUUUGAAUCUGAGUCAGAGUGGAGAAAUAUAUCCCUUAGGCUCUUUCUGGAUUUCCACUUGGUCCUCUACUUCCAGGCACAGGAAGCCACAAGUGCUAUUAGGCAAGUCUCAUAUGAGAUAUUCAAGGCAAUAGCUGGAUAAAUUUAGUAUGUUAAAUAUAGUCAAGUUAAGGUGUAGUUUAGCUACUAGAUAUUCAGGAAGGAGAUAUAUUGUUAUGAACAUGGGCCAUUACAAAGUGGUAUGUCCUAAGGAGGUAUUUUAAGGUUAAAAUUUGAGUAAGCAGAAGUGGAAUUGAAGGGAAAUUCAGGUAAACACAGAAGGAGCAAAAUCUUGGGGGAAGAAAAAAGUACAGCACAGGUAAGGGGGCAAAUUCUGGCAAUGGCAGAAUGCGAUCAGAAAAGUAAGGUGGGCUAGGUGAUCGGAGGCAAGUUAAAGCCUCUCUUGGUUCUUGAAGCGUGAUUGCCACAGAAACUCUACAUGCAAAUGAGGUGCCAAAGGCCAGAAGUCAUUCCUACACCCAAAUGUACAUUCUCUGAAAGAACUUUCCCCUGGAGAGUCUGACAAUUUAGAAAUCCAUGCUGUCUUUUGUGAUCUCUGCACGCACUCAGAGAUGCUUUCUGUUCCUAUCACUUUCAGCAGACUCAUCAACUUCUAAGUCAUGAUAGGGAGGACGCUAAAGUGCAUCAUGACUCAUGCCAACCUCACCAUCUUCCACCCUGCAGUUUUUGCUCUACUUGGCAUCCCUGGGUUGGAGGCUCAUCACAUUUGGCUGUCAAUACCCCUCUGCCUCAUGUAUAUUACUGCAGUCCUAGGCAACAGCAUCCUGAUAAUGGUCAUCAUCACAGAACGUAACCUUCAUGAGCCCAUGUACUUCUUCCUCUCCAUGCUGGCCAUCACAGACAUCCUGCUGUCCACCACUACCGUACCCAAGGCCCUAGCUAUCUUUUGGCUUCAUGCCCAUGACAUUGCCUUUGAUGCCUGUGUCACCCAAGUUUUCUUUGUCCACAUGAUGUUUGUGGGGGAGUCAGCCAUCCUAUUAGCCAUGGCCUUUGACCGCUUUGUGGCCAUCUGUGCCCCCUUGCAUUAUACAACAGUGCUAACAUGGCCUAUUGUGGGAAGGAUUGCUCUGGCUAUUGUUACUCGAAGCUUCUGCAUCAUCUUUCCAGUCAUCUUCCUGCUGAAGCGGCUGCCCUUCUGCCGGACCAACAUCAUUCCCCAUUCCUACUGUGAGCAUAUUGGGGUGGCCCGCUUAGCCUGUUCUGACAUCACCAUUAACAUCUGGUAUGGGUUCUCAGUGCCCAUUGUCAUGGUCAUCUUGGAUGUGAUCCUCAUCACUGUGUCUUACUCACUGAUCCUCCGAGCCGUCUUUCAUUUGCCCUCUCAGGAUGCCCGGCACAAGGCCCUCAGCACUUGUGGCUCUCACCUUUGUGUCAUCCUCAUGUUUUAUGUUCCAUCCUUCUUUACAUUACUGACCCACCGCUUUGGACAUAACAUUCCUCUACAUGUCCAUAUCCUGCUGGCUAAUCUUUAUGUGGUGGUGCCACCAAUGCUCAACCCCAUUGUCUAUGGUGUGAAGACAAAGCAGAUCCGGGAAGGUGUAGCCCACUGGUUCUUUGACAUCAAGGCUUGGUGUUGUGCUUCCCUUCCAGGCUGAUGGCUCCUCAUUAAUCCCUACUCCCAGCUUUAUCCAAAAAACUAAGUGUGAAAUACAGAGAUAUCCUGGACUGAGAUGGCAUUUUCUUCUCUUCCUCUUUUCCUUCUUCUUCAUCCUCCUCCUCCCACUUUUCUUUUUUUCUCUUCUGGUUCUUCCUCUUUACCUCCUUUUGCUGUUUCUUUGUUUCCUCUAUUCUCUUCUUGUCUCACAUGCCUUCCCCACAGCCCAGAAAUAAUAGCUAAGUGUACAUGCCCCUGACAUGAGCGUUUAGUCUUCUCAGUAUACUAGAUGCACUCCAGAAACACAGGGAGCUGAUCACCACGUAAAAUGAGUUAUGAAAAAAUGGAUAAAAGUAAUUUUGUAUUUAACAUCUGAAGAGGCUCCAGUUUUUUAAAAAAACUGUUGACCAGCAACAGCCCAAAUCCACUCUGUGUCCAUUUGUUAGCCAGAAAUAUGGGGUCAUUAUCAGAUGCAAUUUGUAUAGUCUGCUGCAGGUAGGACAUAGUUACAUUACCCACCCUUUUUGGUUCCUGAGUCAGUGAUCUCUGGAGACUGGUCCUGCUGGGGUCUGCUUUUGUCUAAUUAAACCAGAUGCUCCCUAAAGACCUAGUAGGGUGGAAGCUCUGUCCUCAUCCAAGGGAUUCCUGCUGAUGAGGUACAAAUACUGUCCUAUUUCACUCCAGAAUCUGCAUCUGGCAGCUUCUUACACAUGUUAAGGAAGAACUUUCUUUAGAACUGGGGUAAGUUUCUGGGGAGGGAAUAAAUGUUUGGUUCCUGGGAUUUUUAGGUUUUUCUGUUCUGAUAAACUGUUGAUUCAGAAAAGAUCUUCUUGAGACCUCUGGAUAAUAUAGUAUAACACACACUGUCUGUGUACACAACUUGAUAUCUUGAUAGCUGCAGAUGUUUUUUGUUAUGCAGGGCUGGGACUAGGGUUAACUUUUUUCCAGAAUAUUAAAGUGGUUUAAAAUAUAUUGAAACAUUGAAAAGUAGGUAUAUUAAAACUCAUGACAUUGGUUUAAAUUUAAAUAUAUUAUUUAUGGGAAAAUUAGAAUUUAUUAUAAUUUGCUGGCUUUAAUGGAAGAAACUCAUAAAUAAUAUUUCAAAAUAAAAUUAUGGAAAAAUUCAACCAUUAAAAACAUGUGUAUAGGGACUCUCAUUUUUCCUUUUGCCUUGGGCUCCAAUAUGGUUCAGUACAGUAUAGUCAAUCCUCUCUUUAUUUAAAAUUUGAUAUU